AUAUUCAUUAGCAAUUUGACUGAAUGAAUUAUGAAAUCUUGCCUUGACCAUUAGGAGUAAGCUGCAAAGUUUAUUCUGCUGUUAUCAGUUGUUUUCAAAUAUUUGAAUCUAAUGCCUAUCUAUCUUUUCUCAUUUUUCAGUAGAGAGCACAAAUGCACCUUAUUUUUUGUUGAAGUUCCCUUAUCAAUUUGGGUUCAGUGAACUGUUGUUUCUCAUAAAGAUAGUGAAUAGAAACAGAAGAGAAAUAGAAACAUUUUGCACCGUAUGGAACUCAGUCUUUAAUUCAUGCCUUGGACCUCUAUCAAAUCCUAUUAAAGGGUUUUAGUUUUUCUUUGACUCCUAUACCUUUGUUGGGAUUGGCAGGGUGAAUUUAACUCUGGUAAAUCGACUGUCAUCAAUGCACUUCUCGGAAAAAGAUAUCUCAAGAGUGGGGGUUGUUCGUUGUUCCUACAACUAGUGAAAUCACUUUGUUAUGCUACUCUAAGUUGGAAGCUGAGGAACAAGGGUGUUGUCAAAGCCACCAGAUGGUCAAUGAAUAUGUUACCUUCUGCUCCAAUUCUUAAGGUAAUGAGUAUUGUUGAUGCACCCAGUACUAAUGUUAUUCUCCACAGGCAACAGCAGUUAACUGAGGAAUCUGUACCUCGUGCAUAUUUGCUUUUUAUUGUCAUUUCUGCAGAACCUCCUUUAACUGAAGUGAGGUAUGAUUAGUUACACUUGCAAAUGUGGCAUAGCAUGCUUUUAUUCUGGAGGUUCACAUGUUAUUAUGUUAAACUGUCAUUGCUGCUGAAUUCUAUUGUGCUACCUGCUUGUUGACUUGGAAUAUAUAUACUGCUACAUUCAUGUGGAAAACAUUGUUCAUGAAACAAUUGUACUUUCCUAUAAGAGAGAUCGUACUUUUUGGUACAUAAAGCAAAGGUAAUUUUUCAGAUGCACAAGUGAACUACUUAACUCUUAAUCUGGAUUUAUGGUUUGCUGAUGCAUACGGAAAGUGCUUGGAGAAUGUUUGAGAUGGUUAGAAUCAAAUAAUGUUCAUGAAGGAAAGCUUUACAUGGAAUCUUUGGACACUAAAUGGCCUUCGCUUGUCUAUCUAGAUAAGUAAAAUCAUUUGGAGACCUAUGAGCUGCUGAGAAAGUUGGGUCAACUCAGCUUGAGAGUGAUAGAGAAAUUCAGUGCCAAUGUUGUUUCCAAACAAUUUGAACAAGAAAUACAUCAAGCAGUGAGUUGACUAUUUUUUAAAGUUGCUGUGAAAUGUAUUCUAAAUGAUUGUGCUAGAACUUAGUCUGGUAGGCUUGGAAAAGUACCUUACUAAUGUGAUUGGGUUUAUAUCUAUUUAUUUGGACUCAUCAUCUCAUUGAACUUAUGGUAGAAUUCUUUUUAAACAUCUUCAUUUUAAUGCGUGAAUAAUAUAUUAAGAUUUCUUUU